AUGGCCAGCAAUCCUAAAAGAAAAAGCGAGAGGUUGAGCAGACGAAAAGAAACCUUGAUUAAAAAAGCAUACGAGAUGGCAUUCUUCUGCGACGUUGACGUAGCACUAGUCUUACGUAUUCGUAAAACAGGCAAGCUUAUCACGUACAACUCCGACGAUCUUGAGUCGUGGCCACCUUCAAAGGAGCAAAUCGUAAGUGUAUAAUUAUCUAUUAUAGUUGCAUAUACUAAAAGAUUGCUAG